UUUAAAAUUAAUAAAAAUCUUGAAUUUUCAUACCAUGGCUGAUGAUAACAAAAACAUAAAAUACGAUGUAGUACAUAAACUCGUGAAGAACUUUCUUAUGGGAAACUUGAAAUAUGAAUUAUCUAAAGAUGAAGUAAAUGAAUUAUCUUUAGACAAUCAAGAAAUAUUUAUGCAAUUAACAAUUCAUAGCUCUCUUUACAAAAAGUAUCCCUUAAAAUUUGAGUUUUGUAGAUUGUUUUUUAAGAAACUAAUUAAAUAUUUGGAGCAAUAUUCUGAAGUUCAUGAUGAUAUGUAUGAAUUUAUAUGUUCUCUGAUGAAAAUAAAAAAUGAGGAAAAUAAAUUUUCCUAUAGACAUUAUAUUAUUGCAAAUAAUUUAAUAGAUAUUAUUACAAUAAAAGAAACAAAUAACAUGGUUAUUAAUGGGACAACUGGUAUGAAAACUUGGGAGGCUGCUAUAAUGCUAUCAGAUUGGAUACUAUGUAAUAAAGAAUUGUUCUAUAACCGAAGAAUACUGGAACUAGGUUCAGGGGUUGGCUUUACAGGAAUUACUGUUGGCAAAUUCUGUAUGCCAAAAUCUAUAACAUUAACUGAUUGCCACAGUGAUGUCCUUGAUUUACUCGUAGAGAAUAUUGCAAUUAACUUUUCAGACUUACAAAAAACUGCGACUUCACAAUAUCACAGUUUUAAGAAUGAUCAGAAAGUAAUAGAUGUAACAAAGUUAGAUUGGCACUGCCCGGAAGAUAUAAAUGAUAAUUAUUACCCAGAUAUUGUGAUUGGUGCUGAUAUAGUUUAUGACCCAUCAAUACUGCUUCCUCUUUGUAAUGUUUUAAAUAAAUUUUUCAAUAGAAAUCCUCAGUUACAAGUGUAUAUUGCAAGUAUUAUAAGGAAUGAAGAGACUUUUAAUCAAUUUUUAAAAGUAUUAGAUAAUAUUAAUGUUGCAGUUGAUAAGGUGAUUCCAACGGAAUGUGUCUUUUUGAAUUGGAAUCAAGAAAUGAAAAGGUGUAUAUUGAAAAUAAGAAAAAAUGUAUGACAUUUUAUAUUAUAUUAGUAAUUGUAAUAAUUUGUUUAAUACAGUUUUUAUUGUUUUUGCCUAGGCAUUAAUUCAUUUAAAGUUUUAAGUUGUAGUAGUAUACAGGUGGAACAACCGCUGUUCCUAAAUUAGUUUCAAUUUAGGAUUAUUAUUAAAAGUAGCAAUUUUCAUAUUCAAACUGGAACUACAGUAAGUCAGGCCGCCUUUGUCCAUUCCUUAACCACUCACUACUCUACUCUCCCGGGAAGUUAUAAUUUUGUUAUUCUCAUUGAUUGUGUACAAUUCGAAAUUUUACAUUACUCUUUUUGUUUAAAUUCAUCUCGAGCUAGAUUGUUGUGAAUCUAAAUAAAAUUAAUAUAGGACUUAUUUAAUUGAUAGUUUUUAUAAAGAUAGGUUUCCGGACAAGCACCAUUUGUCAAUG